AUGUCUUCCCUUCUUCUCUUAAUGCUUCUGGCUCACGCCGCCACGUUAACGACAAGCACCGACGAGAAUAUCUCCGAUUUGGACGGUACUAAAAGCGUAUUCAUACUCGCCGGACAAAGCAACAUGGCCGGCCGAGGCAACGUUAUUGACGGCAAGUGGGUCCCACUCGUGCCGCCAGAGUGCACACCCAGCCCUCUAAUCCUACGCCUGACCGCCAGCCUCACGUGGGAGAUGGCACGUGACCCUCUCCACAAGGACAUAGAUGUAAAUAACGUUUGUGGAAUCGGGCCUGGAAUGCCCUUCGCUAAUUCAGUUCUGAAAAAGGACCCGAGCAUUGGAGUUAUCGGUUUGGUGCCAUGCGCCGUCGGAGGAACCACCAUUGACCAGUGGAGCAAGGGCCAGAACCUCUACGAUCAGCUUCUCAAGCGAGCUCAGGCAGCCGUGCGCGGCGGCGGUGGAGGAGGAGGAAAAAUUCGGGGUCUUUUGUGGUUCCAAGGUGAGGAAGACGCGGAAACUGCCGAGGGUGCUCAAAGUUACAAAGAGAAAUUGGAUAAAUUCUUCACCGACGUGCGAUCGGAUUUGCAAUCGCCCGAGCUACCUGUGAUCCAGGUGGCUUUGGCAUCAACAAAAGGAAAUUAUACAGAAGAAAUAAGGAAAGUACAGUUGGGAAUUGAGCUUCCAAAUGUGAAAUGUGUUGAUGCAAAGGGACUGCCGCUCACCGGCGAUAAUUUGCAUCUUAAUACCGACGGCGAAAUUCAGGUUGGCGGCUUGAUGGCCGACGCCUUCCUCCAGCUUACCGGAGAAAUUAAUUAG